CAAACAACUUCCGUAUUCCACACAAUGUCGACCAAGCAAUCGGACAGUUUUACUCAAAACCGAUUUUUCUGGACAAUCUUCGGAUUAUGGCCCGGGAAAAUACCUAACGAAUAUUACAAAUACUUCUCUUUUACCUAUCUAAUGAUCACCUUCGUCGCUUACGAAGCCCUUUUAACAUUAAACCUCUUUUACACGCCGCUAAGAAUUGACUCACUUAUUCGAGAAAUAAUUUUCUUCUUCACGGAAAUCGCAAUUGGAACCAAAGCGUGCAUGGUGAUUUUUAAGAGGAAAAAAAUUGCAGCCAUAUUUGAUAUGCUCGAUUGUGAAGAAUUUAAAGGAAGCGAUGAAACUGGCAGAGAGAUUGUUAGAAAGUACCACCAGUAUUAUAAAUCAUACUUGAAAACUUUUACUAUUCUAUGCAAUUUCACAUACUUCGCUCAAGUGCUUUUUCCUGUAUUCGGAUAUUGGAUUUUUGGAAACAAUUUGGAACUGCCGAUAUGCAAGUAUUAUUUUCUUUCUGACGAAACUAGAAAUCAAUAUUUUACCUUGAUUUAUAUAUAUGAAUCAUAUGGUAUGUACAAUCACAUGAUGUACAACGUGAACAAUGAUACUUUGAUAGCGGGUUACAUGGCAUUAGCCAUAGGCCAAGUUAAGGUGCUUCAACAUGAUUUGGAAAAUUUGAAAGUAGAUAAGUCUGACGAUAGCAGCGAAAAAAUGCGAGACCUAAAACAGCAGCAGAAAUUGCGUAAAAUUCUUCAUCACUACGGAUUGCUUAUAGAGUAAGUAUCGUAGACUAGCGACCCGCCCCGGAUUCGCACGGGUUAACAAAUUAUACACCUAAACCUUCUACAAGAAUCACUCUAUUG